AUUCACACACCGGCACUCACAUAUCCCCUUGAACUUCCUCCUCAGCUGUCAAAGCGUCUGCACACCAUUGCUCGAGCUAACAAUAUCAUCUUUUUUAUUUAGGAUAUCAGACGGGGCUUAAUCUGAGAUGGAGGGCCAGCGCUGGUUACCACUGGAAGCCAACCCAGAGGUUAUGAACCAAUUUUUACGGCAGCUUGGCUUGGUACCCACCUGGCAGUUUGGAGAUGUGUACGGUUUGGAAGCUGAAGUUCUCAGUUUGGUGCCGAGGCCUGUGUGUGCUGUACUUUUGCUCUUUCCUAUAACAGAGAAGUAUGAACCAUUUAGACAGGAGGAGGAGGCAAAAAUUAAGGCACAAGGACAAGAGUUGUCCUCUGAUGUGUACUUCAUGAAGCAAACCAUCGGCAAUGCUUGUGGUACAAUAGGGCUGAUUCAUGCUGUGGCAAACAAUCAAAGGUAUCUGGAGUUUGAGCCCAUUUCACCGCUUAAGGCAUUUUUACUGCAGUCUGCAAAGAUGAGCCCAGAAGAAAAGGCAGCUUUCCUUGAAAAAGAUGAGAGUAUCCGAGUAACACAUGAGUCAAGCGCCCAGGAAGGACAAACAGAGGCCCCAAGUUUAGAUGAAAAAGUGGAUUUGCAUUUUAUCGCCUUUGUAAACAUUGAGGGACAUUUAUAUGAACUGGAUGGACGCAAACCUUUUCCAAUUGUUCAUGGGAAAACAACAGAGGACACAUUUCUUGAGGAUUCUGCUGAGGUCUGCAAGAAGUUCAUGGCACGUGAUCCCCAGGAGCUCCGUUUCACUGUGGUGGCUCUUUCCAAAGCAUAAAUGUUCUUGUUAUUUUACCUAAGAGAAAAACUGCCAGUCAUUCAGAAGUGCUGAAUACUUCAAACCUUUAUAGGUUCAAUUUUGACAAAAACGUUUGUUAACAAUUUUGACCAUAAUGAAGAAAGCAAAUGAGAAGCAAAUUAGCUAAUAUUAAAAAGUGUACAUGCACAUAAAAAAUGUUGUAUCUGAAUGUUUACAACUCUCUGAUUGAAAUAUUUUUUGUGUUAAUUUCUCCAAAAUUAUAAAAAAAUGUGUUGAUGAUAUUAAUUCAACUAAUGGUGGUGUUCUUUUUUCUGGCGGCAAAAAAGAUUGAUUUAAAAAUAAAAGUUCUCCUGAUGAAUAUGUAGACUUGCCAUGUUUUUUGACACAAAAAUGCUCUUUUAACAGGAGUGUGUCGGUGUGCCAGUGUGUCAUUGCAUAUGGUGUCCUAUACUUCUAAAUACAGUUUUCUCAAGAAUACAGCAAAAAAAUUCAGAUGAGACUAAAACAAUAAAGAACAAAUUUCCAAUGUUUUCAUCUCAUGGUGACCUCAUUGCUGUAUUAUGAGUGACAAUAGUGCACUCUCUGAAUACUCAAGCAAUGAUUAAUGUGCAUCUUUUGUUUACAUCCAAAUGUUUUUUUUCCAA